AUGAGAGGCCGAAUUGGCAAGUGGUCUUUAGCUUUAAUGGAAUUCAGUUUUCAAUAUAUCCCUCAAAAAGCCGUGAAGGGUCAAGCCUUAGCGGAUUUUCUCGCUGAUCAUCCAUGCAUGGAUAUCGAUGAUGAACCUGAACAAGGACUGAACGCUCUUGAAAUAUCACUCACUCCUUGGACGCUGCUUUUUGAUGGAUCAAGGACUCAAGAAGUCUCAGGCUGUGGAGUAAUUAUCAUCUCUCCCCAAGGCCUGAGGACCGAAUUGUCUUUUCAAUUUGAUUUCCCAUGGAUAUUCAAAUGCUAUAGUGAGGACUUAGCCCCUUAUUAUAUGGCAGCCAUGCAAUUAAUCCAAGAUUUUGAUAAUGUCACGGUCAAACACGUCUCAAAGAGUAUGAACACUGAAGCCAACAGCUUGGCUCAGGCCUUCACAGGCCUGAGGUUAGCUCCAGAAACUAUUCACAAGAUUAUCACAAUCCAAAAGAGAUUGUUACCUUCUGUAAGGAGAAGAGGUCUAGGACUGGAGGUAUUUAUUUCUGAUUUCACAGGAGAAGAGUCAGACGACGAACCCGAGAACGAUUGGCGUACACCUAUUAUUUCUUUCCUCAAGAGGCCCUAUCAUAGAGCCUCUAGGAAGGUAAGGAGAAGGGCUUAUGUCCUUGUGGGUAAUGAAUUAUACAAGAAAAGCUUUGAGGACGACUUACUUUUAAAGUGUUUAUGGCACCCCGAGGCCAUGAAGGUCAUGAGUGAAGUCCAUGAAAGAAUUUUUGAUUAUCAUGAUGUGGUCAAACCUUGGUCAUUUAGAGGUUGGGCCCUUAACGUAAUUGGAAAAAUUCAUCCGCCCUCUUCGGAAAAUCAUACUUACAGCUUGGUAGCCACGGACUAUUUUACUAAGUCGGCAGAAGCAGUGCCAUUAAAGUCUGUGGAUCAACAAGAAGUAAUCAAGAUGAUCAAGGAAAGAACCAUCCAUAGGUUUGGACUACCUGAACACUUGGUUGCAGAUAGGGGUACAAUAUUUAUGGGACAACAAGUAGUCAACUUUGCUGAUCAGCAAAGCAUUAUCAUGUCCAACUCUACUCCUUAUUAUGCACAAGGGAAUGGCCAAGCCGAGUCCACCAAUAGGACUUUGGUCAAUAUUAUAGAGAAAAUGGUAGAAAAUAAUCCAAGGGCUUAG